AUGGACCUUAAAUUAGCAGCUGUUUUAACGAUAACGACAUUAGCCGCUUCGACGACCGGCAACCCGGUUCCUCCUAGCAACCCAACAGCCUCCAGCCCAAAAUACGUCCCAGUGUUCAUCUCUGCCGACGCCCUCAACCGUAUAGACGAGAAAGAUGGUCAAGCGACACAGCCUGUCGAAUCUGGUCAAGAAAAAUUGAAUGAUAUAAACAAGGAAUCGCAGAAUGUUCUCUACGGCCCGCCAGCGCCGGUAUACGAGCAUCAGCCUGAACAACAUGAACCCAGCUACAACCCACCACAGAUGCCACAAAAUUAUCAAACCAAUCAGCAACUACAGCAGCAACAGUACCCAAAUAUGCAAACUCCUAUACAGCAAGCUUAUCCUAAUCAACAAUCGAUUCAACAACCGUAUCCAGUUAAUCAGCAAAGUUUUCAAACUCAGCAACCAAAUCAGAUUCAGCAAUAUCAAAUCAGCCAACCCCAGUCUCAGCCUUUUUAUCCGAUGAACCAACAACCCGCUCAGCAAAAUCAACCGAUCCUAGUUACUCAACAAACAGGGUCACAACCGUUAUACGGCAACCAACAGCAAAUAUUACCUCUUAAUCAGCAACCACUUUUAAACCAACAGCAACUCGUGGCUCAACCAAUCCAGACAUAUCAGCAACCAAACCAGCUACUCAUCAGUCAACCUGGAAAUCAACAAACAUUGUUAACCCAGUCUACGCAGCCUAUCUUGUUAAACCAGCAGACUCCAAUGCCGAACCAGCAAAUACUUUUGCAGCCAAAUCAAAACGGAUUAAUUCAGCAAAUACCUAACCAGCAAGGGCAAGCCCUUCUCCUACAGCCAAAUCAAAACGGACAAAUGAUUACCAGCAACAUCAACCCGAUUAACCCGAUUAAUCAAGUAAAUCCAGGGUACAUUCAAAAUCAAAACCAAAAUAUGUACGCGGUUGUCCCUUUAAAUGGACAAAAUUUGGGAUCGAACCAGAACGUCGUGGGCUCGAACACUUAUCUGGUGCCAGUGCAACAAGUGCCUAAUCAAGUUUUUGCUGUUAAUUCUGGAUAA